GAACCGUGUUGCUGCUUGAGAAGAAUGGUACCGAGGUCAGCACUAGCUACAUGCAUUCUUUAGUUGACAUAAGGUCAAUUAAGAAGAAGAAUUGGGCGACUGCCGGAUAUCGAUAUCUAAUGAGCUCUCUACACCGGUACAAGACGAAGAACACCAAAAAUGUCUCCGGUUGCACGAUAUUUUUACAGCUUGUAUAUUUGACGCACGUAGACUGGACUGCUACUCACGUGGACCGAACUGUGGCUCCAAUUGACUUUUGGACCACAAAACACUGCAAGUCAGUGUACAAGUGGAUUCGAGACCAGGGUGGUCACACAAGUGGAAAGGUGAAGUUGACUAACACGUAUGUGUUACUGCCAAGUUUUGAAUCCGCUGCAGUUGGGCAACCCACAAAUGACGCAAUAUACAAAGCUGUGUGUGAGUUGAAAGAUGAGGUCUUCCGGCUUGAUUUGAAGGUGAGCAGCGCAAAAGAGCUGUUACUGAAGGUACUCUCCACUUCCCUUGGGAAGGGGACUAUGAAAGAAGUGUUGGAGAUACCUGAGACGAGCAAAGUUCAGCGCUCGCUUUCGUUCAACGGGGAGACCGAGAAGAAGGAUGACGUGGGUGUCGAGGAAAAGGAUGGUGAAGGGACGAAGGAUGACGUGGGUGUCGAGGAAAAGGAUGGUGAAGGGACGAAGGAUGACGUGGGUGUCGAGGAAAAGGAUGGUGAAGGGACGAAGGAUCAAUUGGAAGAGGAUGUUGAUGAUGUAGAGAGUGUCCCUUCACUUAAUCUAUCAGAAGAGAAGGUCGUUGUUCCAACUAAGGUGGUUGUUUCUGAUGAUUCGUUUGAGGUUAUGAACUUUUGGGGAGAAGAUCUCCCCGCUAUUGUAAAAGAGGAAGUUGAGCAGACAGUGAAGGAUGAUUUUGAUGAUGCUGCGUUCGAAAGAUUCAAAGAAUCUGGAGGGAAGGUGAUUGGUCCGUUCACUGUGAAGAAGGGUUACUCAAAUCAACAGUACGAGUUGUUCCGUUACAUUUUCUCUAGCGCCAAUGAUCCGAGUGAAGUGUUAGCCCAUUUUGGGAAGGUUGAGGUCGAGCGGAUGUAUUUCAAAUGCAUGAAACCGGAGACCGAUAUAUCAAACAGUGUCAUUGAUUGCUUUGCUCAAAUCAUGAAUUUUCGAGAGAAGAAGCGCAACGGCAUUGGAAGUAAGAGAACUUGGUUUAUGCCCACCAGAAUUUCGAGCAAGUUACUUGGAAGAACGAUGACUGUGGAGAGGAUGGCGAAGCAGCAAGAGUGGUCCACUCUUUAUUACGAUGCAGAUUUGAGUUUAUGUCACACUAUGGUGGUACCCCUACUGGAUACCGAGAGUGCUCCGCACUGGUUUGCGGCGAAUGUGAGCAUGGUUAAUACAACAGUGGAAAUUAGGGACUCGUUGUCUUCUGCAAUGCAUAAGAGGUCACGUCGGAGCACCUGCGUAGAGAUGCUCCAGACUUUGGACCAAUUGUUUGCCCCUGUCAAGCCAGGAGACCUGAAUUUCAGCGAGUUUGUAAUUAUUUCUUCAAGCAAGGACUACCCACAACAACAAAAUGGCCACGAUUGUGGAAUGUUUGUAAUGAAGUACAUGGAAUCACUGUUCGAGGAAAAUGAAAUAUUGGAAGAGUUUGAUCCUAUUGAAGCCAGACUGGAUUGUGUUGGGAAAAUUGUCACCCACGAGAGUAACAAGGCUAAACAUGCUGUGAUGGAGGGAGUUAAGAAGCAAUUUGGAUUGAGCAAAACCAAAGUUCUUCCAUCAACAUCUACAACUAUAGCAUUACGUAGUCCAUCAAGGUCUCCUCGAGACCCCCGAUUCAGCACAGCGAAGGCCAGGUCCGAAAACAUGUGGACUGGCAAGAGCAAGUCCCCGAAAACACGUCAUUCUAAAAGGCUGGCCAUAAGUAACAAGUAGUAUAUUACAAUGAUUACAAAAGUUACUUUAUUUAUAUAUUUACUAUGUUCAGUACAAUGGUUACAAAAGUUAGGUUUUAGGUCGUAAAUUAUAUUUAGUCAGUCAUGUUAUAUACUUGCAUCAUACUACUGUUAGGUGAUUUGGAAUUGCACUAAUGUUGGUGAUUUUAUAAUUUACUAUAGGGUAAGACUUGUGGUAGUUUUUAGAAUUUGGUGGAACUGAUUAUUAUUAUUGUAUGGUCAUUAUUACUAUUAUUGUGAAUAUUAUUUCGGUUGUUA